UCAGCUGGAUGACACCUUUGAAGUCAAAAUAGAAAGUUGAUUAUUUAUAACAGUUUAUGGCACAUUUAACAAUUUUAAAUUAUAAUUAAUCGAAAGGGAAAUAACAAGAGCUACUGCAAUUUAAAAAAAACCGUUGAGUUAGAAACAGCUGAUUAGGUCAAGUGUGUGAGAAAGCUGUAAAUGUUUCAAGCAAUAAGACUUAUUGUUUUAUCCGACUUUUGGUUAAUUGUGUUUCUUCAAAUGAAUCUUUAAUUCAACUUUGAUAUAAUUCUAAUUAAUAUUUUCUUUGGUGAUUUAAUUAUAAAGUGUCAGUUUUAGUUGAAAUGGACACCGGAAUAAGUGUAUCAACCAGACUAAAGGAAAAAUUGAGAGAACUCUCAAGGUCAACCUCAGGUCAGUCAAGGUUCUUCAUAUUAGAAGUUUUUGUUAAACUGGAACUAAGUAAAAGACUCUUCGCUCUUUUGGUAUAUUGAGAAAAUCUUCCAAAAAAAUUUAUUAAUAAAAGAUAAUCUCACUUAAGAAGAAAAUUCUGAAAAGAAUCAUUCAAUAAAAGCAUAAAGCUUCAUAUGACUAAAAAAACUGGACAACACCAGUAAGAAAAUAGAAAUUAAUCUAAGAAAUUAAGAAGAAAGAAAUUAUCUACUGAGAAAAGAUGACAACAGAAUUUAUAAAUUUAUCUGUGGAUGGAAUGAAACAUGUAAUAACUGAAUGUGAGUUGGUGAGAUGAGGAAAGAUUAUCUUUCAGAGGAUGAAAUACUUCAGGUGUCAAAGGAAGAAAAAGACUGGAGUAUUGCACAAUGGAUGGAAAACCAUGGAAAAUAUUCAUAGAAUGGAUGAAACUGGUAUCUGGAAGUAUUGAACAAGAGGACAAAAGUCAAGGAAUCAAACCAAUCGGGAUGAAUAAAGCAAUCAAAAUUCUGGAAUCAAUUGUAAACCUUAGAGAUAAUAUUAUGAGAUAUCAUAUGUAACUGAAUAAUCUUUUGAAACCAUAACACAAAAUUAAUACUGUAAAAAAUUAAUCCCAAAAAGCUAAAUGUGACUAAACCAGGGGGCAGUACAGAUUAUCAAUCUGUAAAACUGUUCAGUCAAUCUAUGGCUUGCUUGUAUUUACUUUAUACAUUCAAAUAAAUGUUUGAUAGUACCAAUAAUAGCUAGUUAAUUAUUAUAAUGUGCAAUUACUAUGGAUUAAGUUCAAGAUCGAUUGGGAGAUUUGAUUGUUCAAUGUAUCGAUGAAAAGACAAAUUAUGGAUUUUAAUAUAAAACUUAUAUUACUUGUGGACACUUGUUUUUUGUUUGUAUUUUACCUUAAAGGCUUUAUCAUUUACAAUUCAAUCAGUUUACCGUUUAAUUUUGUGUUUAAUUUGUUUGUUUUUUCUUUGAUUACUUUUUUACCUGUUGCCUGAUGAUUGAUGAACUUGACAUGGUUUAGUAACUGAUAUGAGUAAGGAAACUGCUGUUACUCGACAUCAAGCCGUUACUACAACAUUAGAACGAGGAAAUGAUUUAGAGAAGCGUCAAGAAGUAUUUGAAGAGAUGAGUAAACUUUUGGCUCGCAAUAUGUCUCAUGACCCAAUCUUACCCUCAGCUACAGGUAUUGCUUUGGCUAGAAUUGAAUUAGUUGCACCAGAAACUCGCCAAGCAGUUGCCAAUUGUAAAGAGGAUCAACAUUACCAUUGUGAUCCUUACAAGCCUUACAGAAAUUCAGAUGGUUCAUGUAAUAAUCUUCACAACCCUGGUUGGGGAACAUCGUUCAGUUGUUUUACUAGAUUACUUCCACCAGCUUAUGCUGAUGGUUUAUCAGCUCCUCGUAUCUCUGUUACCGGUAGUUCUUUACCUAAUCCUAGAGUUCUUUCAGCUGUACUCCAUCGUGAUUUAAAUUAUCCUGCCACUUAUACUCAUAUGACUAUGCAAUAUGGUCAAUUUUUUUCACACGAUGUCGCCUUUACUCCAAGUUCUAGGACAAAGGACGGUAAAAUGAUUCAAUGUUGUCCACCAUCACCCAAUAAUCAUCCUCAAUGUUACCCCAUUUUGGUGCCAAAAGAAGAUCCAUUUUACAGUGGAUACAACGAAUACUGUCUUAACUUUGUUCGAACCGCCAUGUGUCCACAAUGUAAAUUAGGACCAAGAGAACAAAUGAAUCAGAUAACAUCGUACAUUGAUGGAUCAAUGGUCUAUGGAAGUAUGGAGAAUGAAACAAGAUCCCUUUGGACGAGAACUGGGCCAGCUGGAAGAAUGCACAUUUCAAUGGCUGCUAAUGGAGGUGAACUAUUACCACACUCACCAGAACCUGAUUCGGAUCAAUGUAGUAAACCUUCAGAGAAUAUGUACUGUUUCAAAGCAGGUGACAAAAGGGUGAAUCAGCAUCCAGCUUUAACAGCACUUCACGUUGUCUUCCUUCGUCAACAUAAUAAGAUUGUCAAUGAAUUAAAAGCAAUCAACCCACAUUGGGAUGGUGAGAGACUUUACCAGGAAGCAAGACGUAUUAAUGUCGCUCAAAUUCAAAUGGUAACCUACGGAGAAUGGCUUCCAAUUAUCAUUGGUCCUGAUGCAAUGAAAUUCCUGAAACUCUAUGUUCUUCCUUACGGUUAUACUGAUUAUGAUCCUUACACUAAUCCAAAUGUAAUCAAUGAAUUUGCUGGUGCAGCCUUCAGAUUUGGUCAUUCACUUGUUAACAGUGUUUUCGCUGAAAUAUUGGACGAUGGUAAACCUUCAGGUUAUCGUUUAAGAGAAAAUUUCUUCACUCCUUUCGGAUUCUAUCAUGGACAAUUAGAUGCAGUAAUUAGAGGUUUAGUUUCCCAAGCUUCACAAAAUAGAGAUCCAUUUAUAUCACAAGAUAUGAAAAAUCAUCUGUACCGACCCAAAGACUCACCCUAUGGACUUGAUUUACCAGCAUUUAACAUUCAAAGAGGUCGAGAUCAUGGUUUAUCUGGUUACACUGAUUAUCUUAAGUUCUGUUUUGAUGAAAAAAUCUAUGAUUGGGCCCAAUUGGAUCAAUACAUGCCAACCUCUCAACGAACUAAAUUCCAAAACCUUUACAAAUCGGUUCAUGAUGUUGAUUUAUUUUCAGCUGGUUUAGCUGAAUAUCCUUUACCUGGAGCUGCUGUUGGACCAACAUUUACUUGCAUCAUUGGUAUUCAAAUGUACAAUCUUAAAUUUGGUGAUCGUUUUUGGUUUGAACAUCGUGACCAAGCCGGAACAUUUUCUCCAGAUCAACUUCAAGAAAUAAGGAAAACAACAUUUGCCCAGAUUUUAUGUGCCAAUAGUGACAAAUUGAGUUUCAUCCAGAAAAAUGUAUUCCGAGGUGAAUCAAAGAGAAAUCCAGUUGUUCCAUGUAAUACUCUAACAGCUCCUGAUUUAAGAGCAUGGCGUGAUUCAAAUUAUCCUGGAGCUGAAAUACCUAAUAACUAUCAUCCUUAAGAGACAAAAGCUAAAGAUGGAUAUCUAAACAAUUAAAAUGAAAUUAUUUUCCAACAAUUUGAUAAUGAUAAUAACGGUAGUGAGGGUAAUGAAGAUGUAUUACAUGAUUGGUCAAAUGAGAAUAGGAAAUAUGGAGGAAACAAGUGAACAGCUGAAUCAGUAACCCAAUCAAAUUGCCAUUUCUUGAUAUAAUUCGCCAUUUUAAUUUCCAACAUUUAAAGUGUUGCGAUAUUAUCAUCGUCAAUAAUAGCCUUUAUCAUUAUCAUGAAUUUAUUAUUAUAUUUCUAAAUUUGCCUCAUCAAUCACAUCGCCACUCUAUUUUUGCGUUAAUUUUCAUCUUCAUCCUCUCACAUUUGCUUUACAUGAUUGGACAAGUUUAAUCGUAAAUUGACUGGACACGUAAAGCUAAAUUGAUGACAAUAACUGGACAAGAUUGAUUCAGAAAGCAAAGGAUAAAUUAAUUUUCAAAGCAAACCCUUGACACUGGACAAAUGAAAAGCCAGCAUUUUAUCGUUAUUAUUGUUGCUUUUUGUGGAAAAUAUCGUUUUAAUUGUAAUUCACUCUCACUUUUCAUCAUUGAGACAAUUUUACUGUUGAUUAAGCUUAUACUGUAAAUAUAAUCUACAUUUUUUUUCCUGAUUACACUCACACUUGAUGAGAAUCCAGUUUGAAUUUUCAUCAACCUCAACAACGAAACAAAACUCAAAUAAAAAAAUGACAUAUAAUGAUUAUUUAAUUCAAA